UAUAACUAAGCCGGAAAGAUGCGUUUUUUAAUGGUACUUGUCCUGAUUGGCAUUUUGGCCAUGACUUUUGUGUCUGCAAGCCCGGUUCCGGCACCAGAUGGAGAAGUGAUCAUCAUCGUCAACCAACAACCACAAAACCCAGAUUACUGGUAUUAUACAACUUCAAUUGCUGCUUAACAGCUCUGGCCCCUGGAACCUCGUUUCACAAAAAAAUGUGUCAUUGUAAAACUAUUGUCCAAAUAAGAAAUGAGUCCUUUAAAAUUU